AGCAAAGUAGCCGACCGAAUUUUCCUAAUUUUCCUGUACCGCUCGAGCGAGAAAAAACCACGGUACGGGAAAUUGUGCUGGUGCUUGGUGUGCAGAUAGCUUCCCGUCUUGUGCCACCCUUGUAAAUCCACUUCUUCAUCAUGGACACUCCCGUCGGGCGUCGCCGGAGUAAUUCUCGCGUGAACGCCGAAGACCAGGCGCUGGAUCAAAUCGCCAAGGAGGGAGAAGCUCGCCUCGCGGCCAUCCGGCAAGCACGAGCGGAGGCCCGCGAGAUCCGGAUGCGCGAGCUGGAACGCAAACACCGGGCACAGGAAGUGAACGCCGACCGUGCGUUCGAUCUGCAACAGAUGGUCGCCACAACGGAAGGAGCCGCACCUGCUCCGGGUGGGAAACCCGGUGGUAACGUCAUCCUGCCCUCCACCAGUUGCUCCAACGCCCUGCUAGCAUCCCGCAUCGAGCGUGCCGUCACCGAUCUGGCCUCGUCGAGUGCAAAGAUCGUUGCCAGCUCGAACAAUCCGGCCACCACGAAGGAAGAGCUGCUACAAUGCAUGUCGAACAAUCUGCAGGAGGUACGGGACUGUUUCCGCUCGAACAUGGUGGAGUUGGCGCAGCUCGAUAACGAUCGGACUGCCUGCAGCUAUCAGAUUGAGAUGCUAAAGGACUCGCUGAACGACGUGGAGGAAGAGUUGGCGCAACUGCAGCGCGAAUAUCGCGACAAAUGCAAGGAUCGCGAGGCGACAAAGCGAGAGAAUGACAAAUUGCUCGAGGAGAUUCGACUCGUUCAGGGGCAGCUGCAGGAGCGCGAUUCGCUGAUCGCCAAGCACGGGCUAAUCAUAGUGACCAUCGAGAAUGAGGACGGCACGGAUGCCCAUCGGGCGCUGGUUAGCAACGAGAACGCUGACCUACUAGGAUCCGCCACGGGUUCGUUGGAUACUCGCCUUCAGCAGUUCGCGAAGGAGAAGGCCGAACUGCAAGCACAGCUUCAGACCGUACAGGAGGAGCUGAAGGAAAUCAAAAGCAAAGGGCGCCGGUCGGUGCCACCGGGUGGUGUGGACGAUGACUACAAUGAGGACGCGCUGCGAGAAGCCAACAAGCAGAUCAACGAGUACCGAAACCGGCUGCAGAGUGCGAUGAAGGAGAAUGGAAACCUACAGGCCAGCCUCGCACGCGCCGAAUCGCUGGUGAUUCGCUUCCGCAGCACUGCCGAGGCAUCCGAGAGGGCCGAGAACGAGCUUAAGCUGGAGCGUCGCAAGCUGCAGCGGGAAAAGCGUGAGGCGGAAGAGCGUGCGGACGAGCUCGAGACUACCAACAACCAUCUUCGGACACGACUGGAAAAAAUGCGUUCCUCCAAGAACGCACUGCUGAAGUCGCUCGACAGGCGGCACGAUGAAGACUGUUGAAGACGCUGGUGGCGCGAGCUGGUUCCAGGUCACGAGUAUUAAGCCGCAUUAUGUUAACCUUUUUUUCCAUUUUAGCAGCAUUACUGAGGAGCAUUUUUGUUUGUAUUAUUAUUUCGGCGCGUGAUAGAGACUAGUUGUGUUAUCGGCAUCGAACCAAUGGCGACACACGCUUUAAGCAACUGUGCGAUCUUGCAAAGGUCUUCGAAUCCAAUGAAAGACCAUCAUCAUAACGUAACACCAAGCAUAGUUAUGGACAAGACAGAUCAAAAGAACCAUCCCCCUCUCCGCCCCCCCCCUCCCCCUUCCCUUCCUUUUCUGAGAUGCAAUGCUCGCCACUACUGCACGGAGUAGGCAGGGCAGGGCAGGAAUGUAGGCAAAGCAAUCCGGUGCAAUGCGUUGCCAUAGCGAUAUGGGCGUGCAAAUUCCUAUUCCCGUUUGCUUCCAAAGUAGUACAUAAUAUGCGCUAAGUGCCAGCAUGCCAUGCCGCGGAGUAUCUGCCAGCCAGCGCCUUCCGAUGACCGAAAUGCAGGCAGCGUUGUAUGUAUCUUGUAGCUGUUAAGGACACUUUAUACAAACAAUGCCACACUGUAUAGAGAAGCAUUUAUAAGGAUAAAUUAACGAGUUAACGACCGAUAGAGAAGGCAUGUCUAUUGUUUAAGUUGUUUGUAUGUAAAAAAUUUCCACCACGACAGCGGCGAUCAUCGGUCGUUUUGACGAACGGGAUAAAUACUCCUUGUAACUAAUCCGGCUAAUCUUUGCUGGCGUCGCCGACGUCACCGUUAAUCUUCUCCAAGAGCUUCUGUUCCACAAUUCCCCCCCCCCCCCUCCCACCCCUGCCCUCUUUUUUGGUCA